AUGCCGGCUGCUUCUCUCCUUACGCCCGGGCACUCGAGUCUAACACGUGUUGGGAGCAAUGGCCAACGCUUCGCCACCGCUACCGGCGGGCACACGAAGCGAGCCAGCCCACCGUACGGCCCUGCUCGCUUGAAUCUAUUAUACGUUUGCCUCACUGCUUUGUUUGCAUUCUUACCGACUGUGGCGGCUCAGGUCAAUUUCACCCCCGGGUUACCGCCAGUGGCUCUCAGUCACAGUUGUCUGGGCAACUUGAUGGCCAAGUUUACAGACAAAACUGCGUGGUACUAUGCGAACGAGGGCAUCAAUACCAUCUCACUGCUCAAGAACGAGCUUGGAGGUUCUGAGAAAUUCGCCACCUUUGUGUCUACCCUCCAGGAUUGCGACAAGGUUAUAGUUGACUUGACUGAAGACGAUGAUCCAGAGUGCAACCACGUCGAGCUCAUUCCUGGGCACUCGCCAGUUGACGUUUGGUUUAGGCGCCGGACGAUCCGGUACGGGAAAGAUUGCCGGGUCACAACGCGCGCCGUGCGUCUCCGCGAAUUCUUGCGUGACGAGUCGCUGAGAAACGUGGUCUUCCAUGCGUCCGGAGAUUCCGUGUCGACCUAG